AUGAAGACAAUCAUUUUCUUUUCAUUAAAUGAUUCUGGAGAUCGGCCUAUUGUGGAUGUUCCAAAAUAUGUUGAAGUCAACGAAACAGAUGAGGUUAUAAUACAGUGUAACGUGUCGUCAAAUCCCCCAUCAAAGGUGACAUGGUCGGGACCAAAUGGCAAUAAGCUAUCAACAGGAACGACCUUGAACAUCAGUGAUAUAGGGCGUGCUGCCAUUGGUAACUACACGUGCAGAGCUGAGAACAAAAUUGGCAACGAUUCCGUCACAUCUAGGAUAUUUAUAAACGCACCUCCGAAAAUGUGUCUUUAUCCACGUGGAUUCACAGACCAAAGCCAAACUGUUAAAAUUAGAUGUGCGGCCACUGGAAUCCCGACUCCGAAUAUCUCCUGGUCUAAUGACUCUGAACUUAUCAUCACAAAUUCUUCCAAACACAGCCUUACAUCUAUGAUCAGCCCUGCCAACCCGUACCUAGUGUUUAGCACACUGACAGUCUUUGAUGUGGGAGACAGUGACGUUGUGGGACACACAUGUAGUAUUGAAAACAAACACGGAAACAUUCAGAAAACGUUCAGAAUUCGUCGGAAGUUAAAAUGUAGAUGCCGAAGUCGUUACUUAAAGAAUUGUGUUCCAUUGAAUUACACACAGGAUGAGUUACAACAAGAAAUGGAACAAACAAGAGAAGAGCUGAUAGUGAAAAACCCAACACCAAAAUUGAUGAAAAGAACAAGUGCCAACGACGAACGUGCAUCUGCAAAAUAUAUUGGAAUACUAGGCGUUGUUGUCAUCGCUGGUGCAGUCAUAUUGAUCAUUGGGUCAGACCUUCAUGGAUAUUUUUAUAACAUUAAGCCAAACCUUAAACCCAAAACAAAAAAGAAGAACCAGAGCAAGAAAACAAAUUUUGAGAAACAGAGAAACUCUUGUUCUUAUGACAACCAGAUCUUGAGAUCUAACAGAAAAAGAGCACUGGUACCAAAAGUCGUGAAUCAAUGCAAUAAAAAAAAACAGUCCUCCAAAUCCAAGAGCAAUGAAAUAGCAUCAGCAUCGUGGGACAACCAGCAACCGACUUCAUCACAGGACAACCAACAACCAUCCACUUUACAGAACAAACAGCAAUUAUUUGUAUCACAGGACAACCAACAACCGACUUCAUCACGACACAACCAACAACAACCUUCAUCAAGGAGCAAUAAACAACCACCUUCAUCACGGAGCAACAAACAAUCACCUUCAUCACGGAGCAACAAACAAUCACCUUCAUUACGACACAACUAACAACAACCUUCAUCACAAGACAACUAACAACAACCUUCAUCACGGAGCAACUAACAACAACCUUAAUCACGGAGCAACAAACAAAAUCACCUUUAUCACAAGACAACUAAC